ACGCAGCGAAAAUUGCCAAGCCGCUUUCUUCAAGCGUGACCUCAUCCGCAUUAGUUGCACAGUCUUGCUCUAGCCAAUUGUCAAUAGUUCACUGCACCGAAGGGAUGAACUAAUUGCCCACCUUUAUUACACGCAGCCCGAUUUGUGCAUGGGCGCCCCCAUACUCUGGCACCUACGCCGGCUUCUGACGUACUGCACUGUUCUAGUAGAGGCGAGCGUUGCUUGGAGAGCGCCGGAAGUGACGUCUCUUGCCGGAAGCGAAAACUGGUUCUAGAAUGUUCCACGCUUCUAUUUAUUCACGCUACCCGAGCGCUUGGCCGUAUUCGUCUUUCAACCGCCAGGACGCAAUUUUCUGACAGAACGAUCGUUUGAGGUUCUCCUGCUUCGUCUGAUUUUUCUUUGCUCGCUCUGUCGGCUUGCGUGUAAAGUGCCCCGGCAAGUCAAGUAUCUUCCUUCACGGAAAGUGCAGGGCUUUAUUUGGCAAACUCGAGAAAAGCAGAUUACCACAGGCGGACAAAAAUGGCUUCCUUCGCUGAGCCGGCAAUCCAGGACGCCAAUCUUCUAGCACUGAUAGGAGAAGCAAGAAGGUUGGUAGGGGUUCACGUGUACUACAACGAACCACUCGGAGUUACCACUGCCGCCUGGAAAUUUGACUCUGCAAUGUACGACUUGUCAAAGAUCACAUCACCAGGAGUCACAUAUAUCAUUGUGGUGCGGGCAACAUCAGACGACGCCGAGUGCUCAGUGGGGCUAACGGAUGCCGCCGACAAGGAGAAAGUGGCAGUAGAAAUUGGCAUAAAGGACGGCCAUUGCUAUGGAUCAAUAUUGCAGAACGGCAGCUGGAAUCAAGUCAAUUAUACAGACAGUGUAGGCUUCAAGUCCGGAGCCUUCGCUAUGUUAAGAAUUGAUUUAACCGGUAAAUUCGAGAGCAACACCAGCGUCGAGGCCAAAUUUCAAGUCAACGGAAUGGCGGCACCGGAGAAGAGGACGUUCACCGCCAGUGACGCGAUGCCUAACCUUGCGCGCAUAAUGUACCAUCAUAUCGACCACUUCAAGAACGUUGAGGUUCUAGAGCACCACCUCGCGUACGAUCCAAUUACCGCGGCCCUACGGCAAGAUCCAGAUACCAACAUGAUCACCAACAACUCGGCUGGCCUGGCUCAGGAGUUUUCAUUAAGCAUAGGAGGCUGGGCUGUAAUUCUCGGAAAAUAUAAACAGAUCGAUGCGCAACACAACGGGAUCCUGGUUGGCUACCGGUUGACGAAGAACCAUUUUCAUGUGUUCCCCAAGGGUGAUAACGUCAUCUUCCGUAUCUCGGUCACCUACGUGGGCAUCCGGGUGGCCACGAAGGAUGAAAAAGUGCUCCUCAAGGGCGAGAAGCCCCAAGACCAGUGGAUAAACAUUAUCCUCCAGAACUUCGAUAUCCAGCACAUGGAAUUUCACACGGGCUACCGGAAGCGGUAGUAACAAAACGAAGAUUCGUCCUCUUAAUUGCAAAAGAUUUUUUAGACGUUACCUCAAGCAAGCGCAUUCUAUAAACGUCAAUAAAAAGAGCAUGCAGUGUCUAGCA